AGGGAAACUUUAUUUUCUCAGGAGCACGUUCAUUCACCAACUUUCAAGUCACCAAAAUGCAAAAUUAAAACCCUAAUCUUCGAUUUUGGAACCCUAGAUGCGAUUUCUAGCAACAAUGGUCUCUAAUUUGAACCCCUUGGUGACGACACGAAACCCUAGGCGACGACGGUAAGAAGAACAACGGCUGACAGGAGAGAUGGCAGCGGUGGUUGAGGUUGUACUUGAUGAUGGCGGAGGUGGGAGGCAGAGUGGCUUAUGGCGGAGGUGGGAGGCAGCAUGAGGGGAAGAAGAUACCACUUAGGUUCCAAUCUUCAGAUCACUAUCUUCAAUCUUUUAUUUUACCUUUGCUAGAGAACACGUGUUCUCAGUUGGCUUCCUCACUGGAGAUCAUGUGGACAUCUCCAAUAGCCGAAGUUUUAUCUAUAAGAAACACUAAGUAAGCUGAUCUUGUUGAAUUUACUGUCGGUUACUGUAUGGAGCAUGUGGUAGAGAACCUUACCGAACUUUGCCCGGUGAUGUGCUUAUUUUAGUGGAAAGGGAACCACAAAUUGUUUAUGAGUUGUCAACAUGGUGUCUUUCAAUAGUUAAAGAAAUUUUACCCAAAGAUGGUGCCACUUGUAAGUUUUUAGCUCAUUCCUUACACCACCCUCGAGUCAAUGAAGGAGCAUUCGUCAUCUAUUUGAUGAACAUUACUACUGAAAACAAAAUUUGGAAAUCGCUGAAUAAGAAUACAAAUCUGAAUAUAGUUAAGAAAGUUCUUAACAGUGAUGAUAAUAUGGUAAGAUGUCAUCACUGUUAUCUAACAAAAUUUUGUUUGUUGAUUACAAACUGAUCACUUCAUUAUAAACAUUGUGUACCGGAGAAGAAAGAUGAUUGUGAGAUAUGUAAUUUCGAAGCUAUUGAUGAACAAGUUUUGACGAUCUCAGCAGGGAGCAAUCGAGACGUCCCUUUCUAAAACGAAUUGCACGCACAAGUCUUCGGUGGAGUUAAUAUGGGGACCCCCGGAAAACAAAGACAAUUGCUGUUUUGUUGUUUUCCUUAUUAAAACUGAAAUGUGGAACUUUGAUUUGUGCUUCUACUAACCACGCCAUCAGACAAGUAGCAACAUGUGUGUUGAAUUUGGUUAAAAGCUCCCCCGAUGUUUCUGUUGAAGACGUCAACCUGUUUGGCAAUAGGAAGAGACUUGGUAUAAUGGGAGAUGUUGAAGAAAUAUUCUUGGAGAAUAAGGUUGGGGCUCUAAAAAAACUGCAAGCGUUUGAUUUUCAAGAGGAAAACACAAUAACAAAAUCUGUUUGGAAAAAGCUUCUCUUGUAAUGCGUACGACAUCCCAUUCGUACAAUUUGCAUAAUCUUCAGAAUGAACCUUUUCAAUUCUUGGUCAUAGAUGAAGCAACACAGCUUAAAGAGGCCGAAUCCACCAUUCCCCUAAAACUCCCUGGAAUAAUGCAUGUUGUUCUUGUUGGUGACGAGUGCCAAUUAUCUGCGAUGGUAACAAGCGUUAUGUCAGCUAAGUGGGAAUUUGGGAGAAGCUUGUUUGGCCGAUUGAGUUUAUUAGGGCAUCUGAAGAAGUUGUUGACUAACCAGUACCGAAUGCAUCCUUCGAUUAGUCUCUUCCUGAACCAUGAAUUUUAUUAUAAUCAGAUCAUGGAUGCAGAAUAUGUUAAAAGUGAAAGUUAUGAAAAAAGUUAUCUAGAAGGAGAAAUGUUUGGCUCGUAUUCAUUUAUAGAUGUUGCUGAUGGGAGAGAAGAGAAGGAUGAUGAUCGACGAAGCCGAACGAAUAUGGUUGAGGUGGCUGUUGUGGUUACCAUUGUCAAAAUGCUCCAUCAAGAAUGGGAGAAAUCCAAAAAUAAGCUUACUAUUGGUGUGGUAUCUCUCUAUGCGGCCCAAGUUCUUCACAUUCGGGAAAAGAUAGCUCGGUACGAGGAUCGUGAUGGAUUUUUAAUCAAGGUGAAAACAAUUGAUGGAUUUCAAGGUGGGAAAGCAGAUAUCAUUAUCUUAUCAACGGUGCAAUCUAAUUAACAUGAGUUUGUUGGCUUCUUAUCUAGUCGUCAAAGGAUUAAUACUGCAUUGACUAGAGCACGGCACCGUCUUUGGAUUGUCGGGGAUGGAAGAACCCUUGAAACUGACUAAUCGAAGGAUGCAUUCCCACUUAGUUGACAUCUGUCCAGAAACAAUCAGUCCAUUAUUAAAAACUGCAUAGCCUGGAAGUAGUAAAAUUAAGAGAGAAACAGAACAUAAACUUACAUCGCUUGUUACCAUCGCAGAUAAUUGGCACUCGUCACCAACAAGAACAACAUGCAUUAUUCCAGGGAGUUGUAGGGGAAUGGUGGACUCGGCCUCUUUAAGCUGUGCUGCUUUAUCUAUGACCAAAAAUUGAAAAGGUUCAUUUCGAAGAUUAUGCAAAUUGUACGAAUGGGAUGCCGUACAUAUUACAAGAGAAGCUCUUUCCAAACAGAUUUUCGUUAUUGUGUUUUCCUCUUGAAAAUCAAACGGUUGCAGCUUUUUUAGAGCCCUAACCUUAUUCUCCAAGAAUAUUUCUUCAACAUCUCCCCUUAUACCAAGUCUCUCCCUAUUGCCAAACAGGAUGACAUCUUCAACAGAAACAUCGGGGGAGCUUUUAACCAAAUUCAACACACAUGUUGCUACUUGUCUGAUGGCAUGGUUAGUAGGAGCACAAAUCAAAGUUCUACAUUUCAGUUUUAAUAAGGAAAACAACAAAACAACUGUCUUUGUUUUCCGGGGGUCCCCAUAUUAACUCCACCGAAGACUUGUGCGUGCAAUUCGUUUUAGAAAGGGACGUCUCGAUUGCCCCCUGCUGAGAUCGUCAAAACCUUGUUCAUCAAUAGCUUCGAAAUUACAUAUCUCACAAUCAUCUUUCUUCUCCGGUACACAACAUUUAUAUCAGUUUGUAAUCAACAAACAAAAAUUUUGUUAGAUAACAGUGAUGACAUCUUACCAUAUUAUCAUCACUGUAAAGAACUUCCUUAACUAUA